CGCUCCAGUCGUCGCCCGGCGGUCGAGCGCAGCGGACGUGCCUCGCUCCAGUGCAGUCGCGAGCUCUUGCCCGGUGUUCGGUGCUGCGCGCGUGUGGGGUCGCAUGUUGAUGGGGGUGUCUGCCGGCGGCGGGUCAAACCCGGGGGUGAGCUCAGCGGCGGGCCGUUGCCAGUGCGUGGACGACCUGCUCGCGCCGAUCCGCAGCAAGAUGAAGGUGCUGAAGAAGUUCAAGAAGCGGAUGGGACUAGCGGCGAGGUCCGGCGGCGGCGGAGGCGGCACCAACAACCUGCCCCCGCUGCUGUUCCACCAGGUGCACGGCGACAACAUCCGCCUGUCGCGCGACGGAGCGGUCGCCCGCCGCGCCGAGAGCUUCUGCAAGGGCGUCACUUUCAGCAGCCGCCCCGUCAAGGUGGCCGAGAAGGUGUGUGUGAAGUUCUUGGAGGUGUCGAACAAUUGGAGUGGAGUCAUCAGGUUCGGCUUCACUUGCAAUGAUCCCAGCAACUUGCGGUGCGGCCUGCCCAAAUACGUGUGUCCAGACCUGACGAACAAGCCCGGCUACUGGGCCAAGGCGCUGGCGGAGCGCUUCGCCGAGCCGGACACGGUGCUGUUCUACUACGUGACGCCGGCCGGCGACGUGCACUUCGGCAUCAACGGCGAGGAGAAGGGCGUGUUCUUCGGCGGCGUGGAGACCAAGGGCCCGCUGUGGGCCGUGCUCGACGUGUACGGCAACUCGACGGCCGUGGAGCUGGUGGACCCGCGCCAGCAGCUCAACAACUCCCGGUCCGGCGGGGGAGACGCCGUGGACCGCUGCGUGGUGCCGUCGCUGACCCAGCUGAGCCUGCACGAGGCUGCCGCGCCCGGGGACCUGCCGCCGCCGCGCUACCAGCAGGGGGCGGCCCUGGCGCCGCUGCCCUUCCACAGGACGCGAGGACGUAGCAUUCGAUUGAGCAACGACAGGUGCAUUGCGAGUCGGAUAGAUGUGGAUUUCUGCCAUGGCUACGUUUUUACAGCAAGACCCGUCCAACUGGGUGAGAAGAUUGUGAUACAGGUGCUGGCGACGGAGGCUGCCUACACGGGCGCGCUCGCGUUCGGGGUGACGUCCUGCGACCCGGCGACGCUUCAGGCCUCGGAGCUGCCCGACGACAGCGACUCUCUGGUGGACCGGCCCGAGUACUGGGUGGUGGCGAGCUCCGUGGCGGGCGAGCCCCGGCGCGGCGACGAGCUGUCCUUCUGCGUCACGCAAAAUGGGGAGGUGCAGUUCAGCAAGAACGGUAGCGUGCCGGCGGUGUUCAUGCACGUUGACCACAGCCUCCAGCUGUGGGCGUUCCUGGAUGUGUACGGCAGCACCCAGAAGGUGCGCAUCUUGGGCAGCACCACGGAGCAGGCCCAGCCGGCCCCUUCCGCCUCGGGUUCGAGGAACUCGUCGCCGCCACCCCGCACCGCGGACCCCGCCCUGACGGCAGUGAGCCGCCUGAGGGUGAACCUGCCCUGCCCCUCCUCGCCCAGCGGCACGCCGGAGAUGCCCCCGCAGGCGCGGUUCUGCUGCGCGGGGCCAGUCCCCCCGCCGCCCGCCGCCACUGCCACGGCGGAGCUGGUGCAGUACCAGGGCGGCGCGGGCGGGGGAACCGUGCUGGUGGUGAACCUGCCCCCCGCGCAGGCCAACUACCUGAACCAGCACCAGGCCGGCGCCCAUCACCACCCCUCCCCCCCGCCGCACGCCCGGCCGCUGGAGGCCGCGUCCUCCGGCACGCUCAUGUCCACCUACAGCCACACCUACAUCGAGCCGAUCUCCACGACAUCCUACUCGACGCUGGACUCGACGGCGACGAUGCAGCAGUGGGUGGACGCCGCGGCGUGUGCCGGCGCGGGCGGCGCCGACUGCACCAUCUGCUACGAGCGGCCCAUAGACAGCGUGCUGUACAUGUGCGGCCACAUGUGCAUGUGCUACGACUGCGCGGUGCAGCAGUGGCGCGGCAAGGGCGGGGGCCACUGCCCGCUGUGCCGCGCCGUCAUCCGCGACGUCAUCCGCACCUACAAGUCCUGAUGGCGAGCGCCCGAGUCCGGCCCGGUGGCGGUCUCCUAGGACGUCGGCAGCGUCUGAGGCCCAGACUGGCGCCAGGCGCGUUCGUGGACCGCUCCGUCGAGACCAGCGUGUUGGCGACCUGCUGAAAACCUAGUGUGUGUUACAAUUGCGACUGGGGCCGAGUGUUUCCGCGAUCUGUCUUGAGGACCGGGGGUGCUGCACUUGCGACUGAUUCCCACGUAGAAGAAAAUAACUCUCAUCCCCAAGUAGUCUUAGCCGGAUGUGCUUUUUCUACUUUUGCCAAGAAGAUUUGUACCGUUUAAUGCAAGUGGAAGGUUAGUCGAAGCAGAAAUUUUUUUUGGGCGAGCCAACAUUCCAUGUCUGUAGUUAGUGUUGUCUAGUCAAUUUGUUUCCUCGUGCUGGGAAACAUUUCUCGUGGUGUGUGUGUAUAUAUGACUUUAGCCGGAUUUGGUUUUUUUUCUACUAAUGCAAAAAUGUGUAGUGAAUGGUUUGAUGCUGUUCAGCUUAAGUUUUUACAAAAAUAUAAUUUCUUGUGUGUAAAAUGUUUGUUUUUUGAAAGAAAGCUUCAUUUCUUCAGUAACUUUUUAAAAACUUGUAUGUUUUGGGAUAUUUUCUUCGGAAAUCUUAAAAUUAGUCAGAGUUGCUGAUUGUAUGUUUUUUUGUGCAAGUUUAAGGGUUUUGUAGACGAUUUGAUUAUGGUAACAGUUGACUAUUUUAUUGAAUUUUAGUUGCUUUAAAAGUUUUCAAAUGCACUAUAUUAGCUAAAAUUAUCAAGAUUUUUGUUUGUAGCAGCACACAAAAUUCAUGCAACAAUAUGUGUAAUGUUUUUGAAUGUCUCGCAAGUAUAUUUUAAAUAAUCGGGAUGCUUGCAUGAUUCCGGUCUCUGCUCUGCGCAAACUAUAAUGCAAAUGUAAGAUACGUACUGUGUAAAGCACGAAACAGUGAUGUUAUUAGUUUCUUCUAUACUCUGUCACUUGUAAGUCUGUCAGUUGAGUGCAAUUCUGUAUAUAUGUUUUAUUUAUUAUUUGUACAGCUUUCUUCUGUUUAAUGGCUAUUUGUGAGUAAAGAAAAGGUUGCAUAUGUUUUUUCUUGGUGUUUUAAAUUGUCUUUGGUACACAAUUUGUAAAUUUUGAAAUUAAAUAUUAAUAUAAUAAUGAAAAA